AUGGUCCACCUCUACAACCAGUCGCUCCUCGCGUCGAGCGCCAUCUCGCUCGCCUGCGUCGGCAACUUCAGCGGCACAAAGCAGCAGGAGAUUGCCCUCGUGCGCGGUGCAGAGCGCAUCGAACUCGUCCGCGUCGACCCCAACACGGGCAAGCUCGAGUCGAUCGUCGAGCACAACGUCUUUGCCCAGAUCCGCUCCCUCUCGUCCUUCAAGCUGACCGGCGGCACCAAAGACUACCUCAUCGUCGGGUCCGACUCUGGGCGGAUAGUCGUCCUCGAGUACGAGCCGGACAACAACUCGUUCAACAAGCUCCACCAGGAGACGUACGGCCGGUCCGGCUCGCGCCGCAUCGUCCCCGGCCAGUACCUCGCCGCCGACCCAAAGGGCCGCGCCGUCAUGAUCGCCGCCAUGGAGAAGAGCAAGCUCGUCUACAUCCUCAACCGCGACGCCGCCGCCAACUUGACCAUCUCGUCGCCGCUCGAGGCGCACAAGCCGCGCGCCAUCAUUCACUCGAUCGUCGGCGUCGACGUCGGCUUCGAGAACCCCAUGUUUGCCGCCCUCGAGGUCGACUACACCGAGGCCGACCAGGACCCGUCCGGCGCAGCGUUCGAGGCGACCGAGAAGAUGUUGACGUACUACGAGCUCGACUUGGGCCUGAACCACGUCGUGCGGAAAUGGAGCGAGGCGACCGACCCGAGGGCGAACCUCCUCGUGCAGGUACCCGGUGGGCAGAACGCCGUGACGGACAAGUUUGACGGCCCGUCGGGCGUCCUCGUGUGCUGCGAGAACUACAUCAUCUACAAGCACCAGGGCGCGCGGGAACACCGCAUCCCGAUCCCGAGGCGGGCGCAUCCGCUCCAGGACCCGAACCGCGACGUCAUCAUCACGUCGGCCGUCAUGCACAAGAUGAGGGGCGCCUUCUUCUUCCUGUUGCAGAGCGAGGAGGGUGACCUGUUCAAGGUGACGAUCGAGCACGAGGAGGAGGAGGUGACGUCGCUCAAGAUCAAGUACUUCGACACGGUCCCGGUCGCCUCGUCGCUGUGCAUCCUCAAGUCGGGCUUCCUCUUUGUCGCGUCCGAGUUUGGCAACCCGCGCCUGUACCAGUUCGAGAAGCUCGGCGACGACGACGCCGAGACCGAGUUUGCCUCGACCGACUACGACAACUGCGGCGUCGGCCCGGACCCGCUCCCCGUCGCCCUGUUCCGCCCGCGCGCGCUCGACAACCUCGCCAUCGCCGACGAGCUCGAGUCGCUCGCGGCCAUCCUCGACGCCAAAGUCGCCAACUACCUCGGCGAGGACACGCCCCAGGUGUACGCCGCGUGCGGUCGCGGCGCGAGGAGCUCGGUGCGCAUCUUGCGCCAGGGGCUCGAGGUGCUCGAGGCCGUCAGCUCCGAGCUGCCUGGAGCGCCGAUCGCCGUGUGGACGACCAAGCUGCGACGAGACGACCAGUACGACGCCUACAUCGUCCUGUCGUUCGUCAACGGCACGCUCGUCCUGUCGAUCGGCGACACGAUCGAGGAGGUGUCGGACACGGGCUUCCUCUCGUCGGCGCCGACGCUCGGCGUGCAGCAGCUCGGCGACGACGCCCUGCUCCAGAUCCACCCGCGCGGGAUCCGCCACAUCCUCGCCGACAAGCGCGUCAACGAGUGGAAGGUCAACCAGGGCGAGACGAUCGUGUGCGCGACGACCAACAGCCGCCAGGUCGUCAUUGGCCUCUCGAGCGGCGAGAUCGUCUACUUUGAGCUCGACCUCGAGGGCCAGUUGAACGAGUUCCAGGAGCGCAAGGCCAUGGGCGCCGAGAUCCUUGCCCUGAGCGUCGCAGAGGUGCCCGAGGGCAGGCUCCGGACACCUUACCUCGCCGUCGGCUGCGCCGACCAGACCGUGCGCAUCAUCUCGCUCGACCCGGAGAACACGCUCGACUCGCUGUCGCUCCAGGCCCUCACGGCGCCGCCGUCGUCGAUCGUCAUGGCCGACAUUGUCGACGCGAGCAUCGACAAGCACCACACGACCCUGUUUGUCAACAUUGGCCUCCAGAACGGCGUCCUGUUGCGCACGGUCCUCGACCCGCUGUCGGGCAGCCUCGGCGACACUCGGACGCGGUUCCUCGGCUCUCGGCCCGUCAAGCUCGCGCGCGUCCCCGUGCAGGGCUCGCCGGCCAUCCUCGCCCUGUCGUCCCGGCCGUGGCUCAACUACGCGUACCGCGGCAUCCUCCAGUUCACGCCCCUCAUCUUUGACGCGCUCGACCACGCGUGGAGCUUCUCGGCCGAGUUGUGCCCCGAGGGCUUGAUCGGCAUCGUCGGCAACAGCCUGCGCAUCUUCACGUUCCCUCGACUGGGUCAGAAGGUCCAGCAGACCGUCAUCGACCUGUCGUACACGCCCCGGCAGCUCCUCACGUCGCCCUACUCGCGCCUCCUGUACACGGUCGAGGCCGACCACCGCACGUUCGGCGCACCCGCAGCGCAGAAGGCGAUCGCCGACUUGCGGGCGGCCGAGAUCGAGGUGGACGACGAAGCGCUCGAGCUCGAUCCGAGGGAGUUUGGGCUGCCGCGAGCGCCGGCGGGCACGUGGGGGUCCUGCCUGCGAGUGAUCGACCCUGUCACGGCCGACACGAUCUUCAAGCUCGACCUCGACGACAACGAAGCGGCCUUCUCGGCCGCGCUCGUCUCGUUCCACACGCAGCCGACCGACGUCUUCCUCGUCGUCGGCACGGGCCAGGACGUGACGCUCGCGCCCCGAGCGUGCAAGCAGGCGUACCUGCACACGUACCGCGUCGUCGACGAGGGCCGGGCGCUCGAGUUGCUGCACAAGACCGAGGUCGACGAGGUGCCCAAGGCGCUCCUCGCGUUCCAGGGCCGGCUCGUCGCCGGCGUCGGCAAGGCGCUGCGGCUGUACGACCUCGGCAAGAAGAAGCUGUUGCGCAAGUCGGAGAACAAGUCGUUCGCGUCGAUGAUCAUGACGCUCAACACCCAGGGCAGCCGCAUCAUUGUCGGCGACGCGCAAGAGUCGAUCUACUUUGCCGUGUACAAGGCGCCCGAGAACCGGCUCCUUGUCUUUGCCGACGACACGUCGCCGCGGUGGACGACGGCGUCCAUCAUGGUCGACUACGAGACGGUCGCGGCGGGCGACAAGUUUGGGAACCUGUUCGUCAACCGGUUGCCCAAGGGCGUGAGCGGCGACGUCGACGACGACCCGACGGGCGCCGGCAUCCUGCACGAGAAGCCGUACCUCAUGGGCGCGCCGCACCGCACCCAGCUCCUCGCGCACUACCACGUCGGCGACAUCGUCACGUCGCUGCACAAGGUGGCGCUCGUCGCCGGCGGGCGCGACGUCCUCCUCUUUACGGGCCUCAUGGGCACGGUCGGCACGCUCGUCCCCUUUGUCUCGUCCGAGGACGUCGACUUUUUCAGCACGCUCGAGAUGCACCUCCGGGCCGAGGCCCCCUCGCUCGCCGGGCGCGACCACCUCGCGUACCGCGGCGCGUACGCCCCGGUCAAGGCUGUCGUCGACGGCGACCUGUGCGAGGUGUUCCGCACCCUGCCGAUGACCAAGCAGGCGCAGAUUGCGCAGGAGCUCGAUCGGACGGUCCAGGAGGUCAUCAAGAAGCUCGACAACGUCAAGGCGUCGGCGUGGUGAGCGAGCGAGGGGCGCGGUCUGCGGAGCGAGCAGAGCGGGCUGGCGAGCCAAGGAGCGGAUGGACGAGAGAGCAAGGGAGCGAGGGGAGCGAGGGCCGAGGACUUGGGAAGGUCCUCCUCAUCUUCUGUCUUGCUGCGACUCGCCGACGACGUGUAACCAUAGCUGUUCGUCUACAGUC